AGCAGACCUCCACACAGCCGGGACCGAUCACAUCUAACCCUAGUGAUGUCAAACUUUUUUCUUUAAUAAUAAUAAUGGAUGUCUGUGGUUUUGAUGCGCUGCACAAAUCUCCUGCAGAGCUCCUCACCGCUCAGUCUGCUGGAUCAGGGUUUUGAAGCCUAAAUGUGAGGGGGGAAUAAGAGGUCGGUGGUUUAUAUCAGAGACUCAGUUGGUGUGGAUGGACAGGUCAGAGGCGCAUAUGCGACACUGUGGAAGCACCGUUGGAAUUACUCACCGCGUCCAUCCGGGAUUACCCUCCUCCAGAGUCGCUCCUUGAUCGGAUGAAAUAAACAGGAGAAUGUAUGGAAUCAACCGGCGCUGUGUUUACAUAUCUUUUCAUUUCUUCGUGCUAUGGUGCCAUGCUCAGGGGGAGAAUCACCCGUCUCCUAAUUUUAACCAGUAUGUGAGGACGCAGGGCGCAGUGACGGACCAGCUCAGCCGCAGACAGAUCAGGGUGUACCAGCUCUACAGCCGCACCAGCGGGAAGCACGUCCAGAUUCAGGGUAAAAGGGUCACCGCCACAGCUGAGGAUGGAAAUAUGUACGCUCGUCUAUUUGUUGAGACGGACACGUUCGGCAGUCGAGUGAGGAUAAGAGGUGCAGAAAGUGGGCGUUACAUCUGCAUGAACCGGAAGGGGAAACUGGUAGGAAAGCCCAACGGCCGGAGCAGGGAUUGUAUCUUCACAGAGAUAGUCCUGGAGAACAAUUACACAGCGUUCCAGAAUGCCAAGUAUGAGGGCUGGUAUGUGGCUUUCACCAGGAAAGGGAGGCCCAUCAAGGCCUCCAGGACACGGGAGAACCAGAGAGAGGUCCAUUUCAUCAAGAGGCUCCACACGGGCCCGCCUCCCUUCCCCAACACAGACCAAAGCAAACAUUUUGAGUUCAUCCGAUUUCCGUCCACACGUCGAGCAAAGCGGAACAGGAAAUCACGUACCUCUUCCUAACGCACAGCAAAAGGAAUGGACUGAUGCCAGCUGCGAUGUGGGAAGAAACAGAUGCAAUUUUAUUUUUGUAUUAAUUUUGAUAGGUAAACAAUGAUUAAAAUGCCAUAAAUCUAAAGUAAUAUUGCUGUAAAAUGAUCAUGUGUAAAUACUGACAGAGAGUAAAGCAGAUGGAUUAUAUUUAAUCGUCCUGUGUGUAUGUGUUGACUGGUGGGGAGCUAUGGUUAAUAACUGCAA